AUGUGGUUGUCCGAAAAGGGUCCUCCGAGGAGUUCGGUCGACUGGCAUACGGAGCACGUGACCAAGCCAGCACAACCUACGGAGUGUGAUCGAUUCAUCUAUCACCCAGGAAGAGCUAUGUCGUCUGUGUACUCGAUAUCUGUGAGUGAAUGCUCCGGGAGCAUUUUGACCCCACAGGCAUUGGAGACUGAUAGUGAAUCCUCCAUAACUAUAUCAUUGAUGAAGUUAAAUAGGAAAGGUAGAAGAGGACAGCCUUGCCUGACACCGCUUGCUGUGGUGAACUCAGAAGAGAGCUUCCUGCAGACCUUCCCACGGUCGCGGUAUUCUUCGCCUUUGAAGAGGACUGGAUACAGACCGUUGGGUCCUGGUGACUUCUUGCGUUCCAGUACGGAUAUUUCUGGCUUUAUUUCUCCCAACGGCCGACUAAAUUUUGCAUUCCAUUCGCCCAUAUACACUAGCUCCAGAGGCUGUGUUGCAGGAGGCCAGUUAAAGUUUUCUUCGGAGUGGCCAGUGGAUGUAUUUGGUGUUCGUGGGACUAGAGUGCGCCGUUGUGGUCGUCGGCUGCUGCCAUGCUCGCAUUGUGGCACCGGAAUCAAGUUGUGUGCCCCGGAAGGGACAACAGUCUUGAAUCGUGGCUCUCCACUAGUGGCUGAUGGCCACGUGACCCAACUGGAUCCACGACUAAUUUGCACCUGGUGGCCUCCAGGUUGCGCGCUGCGAACGUUUAUUCUGAAAGUUCUGGGACUUUAUUUGGGGACUUUGCCCGGAGCCGAUGAUCUGAUCUGCUCGGCUGCAGAUGGUUGGCCUAACCCGAGGACGCAGGGAGUAAGGUAUUACUGUUUCACUCCUGAUGCGGCUGCGCGGAACAGGUGCCUUUUGAGCAGCACCGAACCCUUUGAUUUUAAAAGUAUUUCGACUGUAUUGAAUAAUGCGCAGGCAGUUAGGAACCAGCUCCUCGAAUGCCUGCCGGACGGUACGGUGUUGGAUAUAAACGACCACUGGGAAAAAAUAUCCAAAGCGCCUUUCAAAACUGGAAUGUCUGUUUGCGGUACAACCCAACCAAGCCCAUACAAGCAUUGGAUCUCUGAUAGGACCGUGUCUUUGCUGGAGACCCGGCGACAUAUUCCACCUGGCCGCCACCACAACUCCACCCGGCGCAUCGUCCGACACCAGGUGAAACUGAGUGUCCGCGCAGACCGAGCAGCUUGGUGGACCCGCAGGGCCCAAGAAAUGGAAGAUGCAAAGAAUGCUGGAAACGUGCGCAAGCUGUUCCAUUCGAUUCGCUCGAUUGGUCCUCGGGAACCUCUUGUCAGUGAAAUAAUCAGGGACAAAAAUGGCUCCCUGAUAUGCAACAAAGCAGAACGUUUGGACCGUUGGACACAGUACUUCGAGCAGCAAUUCAGCUGGCCACCAGCUACACCCAAUCCAGAAUCUUCGUCUUCUGCACGAAGAUGGACCCCGACUUCAGUCUCAGAAGUGUCCGAAUGUAUUUCCCCACUCAAGCGUCAUCGUGUUGCUGACGAAUUUCCAUCUGCCCUUUUUAAGGAUGGCGGUGUGCUCCUCAGCCAGUGCCUGUCUAGCUUAUUUGGGAGAAUGAGACCGUCCCAGGGUACUCGUAGUGAAUGUAUUAACCACAGAGGUAUUAAUUUGACUCCUGUUGUGACAAGGCUUCUGGCGUCACUGAUUCUUCGUCGUCUUACGGCGGCACGCGAAGCCUUGACUCAUGAGAAUCAUGCGGGAUUUCGACCGGGUAGAGGCUGCGUUGACCACAUUUUCACACUCCGUCGGGUGUUAAAGCAACGCCACAUGUACAGACGACCCACAACCUUGGUAUUCCUUGACUUCAAGAGUGCGUUCGAUUCUGUCGAUCGGUCAGUGCCGUCAACUACGACUGCCAGACAGAAGACGAAGCAAAAACACUGUGAAAUAGACUGUCCACCAUUAUACCAUCUUUUGGCAUGCACCUCAUACCUGCAAAGUGCAAAAUUAUGCUUCAGAAUGUGCAGUCUUCGAACAUAUCCCUUAAAAUUUAAAGAUAAUCACUCGAGAUUGUGGAAAAUUAUGCAUACCUCGUUAGGGUCAAUCGUUUGGCGAUUGGGGCGUGCGGUUUUUAAGUCUGCGAGGGAAGUCAGCAUCACUGCUUUCAUGAAUAUGGACAUAUUGUUCGCCUUGGGGAAAUACCUUACUACCUUCACACUCAUCGUAGAGGACAGUAUGAAUUUAUCCCCAGACCGCCUCGUAAUACGGUUACUCGUAGAACGGGGUCUCACUGCUCUUGGUCUGACUGCUCUCUUUUGGCGUUCCUUGCAUGUUUGUACCUCGUGGAACGAAGUUCCAGCCAGUGUAGCCUAUGGAAUCAUUGCAUCACUAAAACCCGACCACCACGUCGAGAAUAUUCUUAUGGAGCUUGAAUUAGACAAUAUCCUUGUCGGCACUUGCAUCACCUUGGUCGUGUGUAUGAUAUCUGGCAUCUUGUUCUAUAUGUUCAAGCAUGCCGCCAUCAUCUCAUCAUCGCCACCACCUGCCGUGAUUCAGGAGACGAGUCCGGCUAGGAAGAAGACGAAAAAUAAGGCUAAAAAGUACAAACGAAAGUUGGGAUCUCCAGAUGCUCUUGGUUUUCCGCUGGAACAGGAUGCGGACAGAACACAAACUUCGGACGAAACUGUGGAUGAGGAUGAACAACCCUCACUUUCAAACUCUAAUCACCAUCUUUCGAAGAUGGAACUUAGUAGCCGAUCCUCAAGUGAUGAAAAUACUGAUCUUGAACAAACUACCGAGACGGCACCUGCACAUCCUCAUGCGCGUGUUACCCCUAACAUCGCAGAUGGUGAUCUUUGUUCAAUACGCUCGUUCGAGGUGAAAGAAUCUUCAUUGCCAGAGUCAGAGGCAUGUUCAGUUGCACCACAUAUGCCUGAAAUGCAAAGUCUUGCGCCCACGGAACAGACUGAACUUGUGAAAGUCUCCGAGUUGGCUGUUAAUAGUUCCCUUGCUCACAACUCACCUCAACCGUCGGUUACAAAAUCCUCCAAACGGUCAAAGCGUCGGGGAGCCAAACGAAUGGUCGGUUUGGUAAACGCUGCUGAUACUAGUGGUAAUUCAUCAACACCUCUCUUACUUCCGGAUGUGGAACAUAUUGUUGAUCCUGUUGAGGAAAUAUCAAGCCCCUCCAGUGUGUCUGUCAAAGUGGCCGAACGAUCCCCGUCGCGCAAGCGUAAAGUCUUAGAGAAAGAAUCGAACGAAGAGCUGAAUAAAUUGAUGGGGCAACUACGAACCACUGAACGUAAGCUCACAGAAAUCUCCAGUAAAGCAGCUCUACUGUCUGACCAAAAUGAGCAGUUGCGGCAGAAGGAGGAAGAGAACCGGCUUGGACUGCAUGUGCUACAGCAGCAAUAUACUGAGCUACUUCGGGCCAACAAGGUGGUUGAGCAUGAGAAGAAUAUGAAGGAGAACACAGUCAAGCAUUUGGAAUCUGAAAAGAAAACUCUUCUUGUGCGUUUGGAGAUGGCUACCGCAGAGGUGAAUCGACUGAAAGCCGAAAGCGAAGCCGAGGCAAAUAAACUGCGUGAGCAGCUGAACGAAACGCAGUCGAAGCUAGCGGCCGUCGCGUCAGCCAAACCUGCUGUCCCCAAUCCGGAACUGGUGCGAACGCAAGAACUGGCUCAGCUGAUGUCGAACGAAAACCGCUUGCUGAAGUCCAGCUUGGAUAUGCGGAAGGCAGAAUUGACUCAACUGCGUCAGUCACAUUUGCGACAGCAGCAGGAACUACAGGCAUUUCAAGUCGAAAAUCUGAAGCUACGUGAAAGUCAAGAUACAGCAAUUGAGGAGCUUCAGGCCAAAUUUCAACAGGAGCGCGCGGAGGCUAAUUCACGGAUCGCGUCAUACGAGGCCCAACUUCAACGUCAGUCACAUGAGUUCGAAUUAGAAAAACAGGAACUGUCGCGUACCCUCGCAGAAGUCAAAGGUGAAUUGGCUUCCCGAAUGGACAGAGAAAAGCGGCUUUCGGAGAUUAUUUCAAGCUUGGAAUAUCAAUUUGCAGAAUUGAACGCUGAGAAACAACGUCUCUUGGAGAAAGUGAAAAGCGUCAAAGCUGCGAAUGAAAGUUCGAACAGUGAACUUCUUAUUCAGGUGGCAAAUCUGUCCAAUGAGUUGACACGCACAACAUCCGAGCUGCACAAGACUCAACAACGCGCGGAUGCCGCGACUGCCGAACUGGAACACCUCAAGGCAGGUUCGGUACAACCGCAUCUCCUGGAAGCCCGUGCAACUGCUGCAACUCAAACUGUUAGUGGAGACUGUCGGUUAAAGAAUACGCAAGACACCGAGUCUCACAAACUGGUGGAAGAGUUGCGGGCAGAGCUGGUGACCACUAUGCGUGAACUGAAAUCCACAAAGAAUGAUCUUGCUGCCUCGAUGACUUUACAAGAAGCCACUCAAUUGGAACUAGAGCACUACAAGUCUACUCUUAUGCAUACGGAGGAGCUUUUGGCCAAGCUUCAGGUGAUGGUGGAAGAGUCCGAGUCCAGGUGGCGGAAACUUUUGUCCGACUCGGAGUCUGAGCGUGACCGACUGCGAAAACAGCUUGCACUGGCUCUUUCUAAAACCGCACACAUGGCCGAGCGGUUGGAACGAACUGAACAAAAGCUGGGCGUGCAGCGGCGACAGAGCGGUCGACCUCAGAAACGGGCAUCGAAAAACUCAAGGACGCCAACCUCACCGUGGUCUGAAUCACCAACUCUUCAGAUAUCAAUCAACGAGGAUGGUUGCGUCACCCCCGAACCGCCUAAAAACUCCAAAACAAUCGACAUGUGCAAUAUAUGCCCAAAUGCUCCCGAACAAGACUCGUCGCCAGAAUGUAAAGAGGUGGAGGGUUCGUGGCUUGAGUUAACUCAUCCCCCAAACAACACGUUGCCUCCGUCUCCGCGGGAUCCACGACUGUGUCCAGACAGUUUGUUUCGUGUUCAUGCACGUUCAGUUUCGGGUGCUCAUUGGUCCUCUGAAGUCAAACCUAUCAAGACCUCUCAGUUGGGUGGUCCGGAUGGUGAAUCAAACGACGAAGACGACUUCGAUGCAGUACUCGUUGACGAUACCGAUCUACACGUACCGGACGAUAUCUGGGAAAACACGACGUCAACCACCAUAUCUGGGAACUUUGGCAGCGAUCAGGCAACCACGCUGGAAACUCAGACCACACAUCCCAACAUUCUGCAGGCACUUCUUCCGGAAAAUCAGACCUAACAACAGUGCGCUCCUUUGGCUUUCAGGGUGUAUCCUACUCAAACACUGUUUUGCUUCUUAUCGUUCUUCACACGUAGUUUUCGAACAUUGUUUUUUCUCUGUUCGCUAGUCAUUUGAAGUUGAAUCUUGUGAGCUUUUUCCGUUACUUAUCGCCGUUAUACCUGUACCAUCGCUACCAGUUUAGUGUUUGACUGCGCCAUGACAAGCGACCAAAACGGUUCACUUUACUGGUUUGUGGUGAUUAGCAGCGGAUGGGAUGGGCAGGGUGUCAGUCUGCAUCCUAUCCCUCUCUCUCUCUCUCUAUUGGUCACUGUGAUUGCCUGGCACAACAUGACGUGUAUGUGUGACCCACUGCUUAUCCAUGUGUUAUUUUUAUCUUGCGGAAACAACGUAAAAGAAGAGCCCUCCUGUGUAACGUGGAUGAACUACCUGUUCGUUUUUUCGUCCUUCAUUUCCUCCAGUGUUCUUGUUUGACUUCCGCUACAUUAAAAAGAUUUUAUCCAAG